AUGAACUUGAAGAGGUGGCUUCUCUCCGAGGAGGAAGAUGUCAACUCACCAUCGAUACUCAUCACAGACGGAGGAGUGAGCACGCAUUUGGAAGCAAAGCUGCAGCAUAAAAACCAAGAAUUUGAACAUCAAUCUUUGUGGUCCUCCUCCUUGCUUAUGACAGAGGAAGGAAGAAAGACCAUACAAGAAGGUCACGACGAUUGGCUCAAAUCUGGCUCGGACAUUAUCACAACAGUAACCUAUCAGUGUCACUAUGGCGUUCCAGGGCUAGAGAUGGUCGUGACGCCAACCCAAAUGGAUCAAAUGAUCCAAGAUGGGAUUUCAAUUGCCAAAGAGUGUGUGGCCAAGACAAACCCCAGAAAAUUGGUAGUAGCGAGCACUGGGUGCUAUGGAGCUGCUCUAGCGGACGGAUCAGAAUACACAGGAAAUUAUGGAGACAUGGAUCGAACAGGGUUGGUCGACUUUCAUUUGCAAAAGGUCAAACGUAUGAUGGCACAGAAACCGGAUGGUGUGGCCAUUGAAACAGUCCCCAGCCUGGAGGAAUGUCAUGCCAUUGGUGAAAUGUUACAGUCCUCCAAGCUAACAACAUUAAAGGAAAACGAAUCACAGAUUGCUUGCUGGGUUUCCUUAGCUUGUCAAAACGGUACUCAAUUGAACGAUGGAUCCAAGUUAUGGGACGCCUUGGAAGCCUUACGCUCUGCAGAUGAUACUACAGAGGCAAAGUACAUCCAUACCAUUGGCAUCAACUGUUGUGAUUCUCUACACAUGCCCGCGCUUUUGGAAAUCGUGACGCGUCACAUGGCCACUCGUGGUCCGAAACGAGGUAUUGUUUGCUAUCCCAACUCGGGCGAAGAAUGGGACGCGGCCAAUGACAGUUGGAAGGAAGGAACGGGUUGUUCUUCGGCACAUGAGCUUGUCGAGCGGCUCGUGGAUGCAGUACAUGUCAUUGAAUCGACGUGGAAGAAGCAUACUGCUGGUGCCAUGCCAAAGUUGAUCCUUGGUGGCUGUUGUCGCACGAGUACACAAGCCAUUUGCGAAUUACGAGUAGCGGUGGACAACUGGGAACAGAAGCAGGCAAAAUAUUGA